GGGUAACAGACAGUGAUCCUAGAGGAACUUUCUUGAAGCAGUUGAAAUGACGGAAUUACCCAUAGCAGCCUUUUGAAAUUCCCUUUUAAGUACUCGGUGUCUCUCUCAGAUUCAGCGUUUAGAGAGAAAGAGAGCAGAGGGUUUGAAUCGGAGAUUCUUGUCAGUUUCAAUGUCGACUCCAGCAGAAUUCUAUAAUUCUCUUCCACCCAUAAGCAAGGCUUAUGGGACCAUGUGUUUGGUUGCCACUACAGCAUUCCAUUUGGGAUUGUUUCCGCCUAUGUAUACCGCUUUAAUAUAUGAAUCGGUAUUCAAGCAUUUUCAGGUGUGGAGGCUUGUUACAAACUUUUUUUUCCUUGGAAAAUUUUCAAUCAAUUUUGGAAUUCGCCUCUUAAUGAUAGCCAGAUAUGGGGUCCAGCUGGAGAAGGGAGUAUUUGAAAGGCGCACGGCAGAUUUCUUGUGGAUGAUGAUAUUUGGAGCUCUGACAUUGCUGGUAUUAUCAGCAAUCCCUCUGUUGUGGACUCCCUUCUUAGGGGUUUCAUUGGUAUUCAUGCUUCUAUAUGUCUGGAGCAGGGAGUUUCCGAAUGCCCAAAUUAACUUAUAUGGACUUGUUCAACUCAAGGCAUUUUAUUUCCCUUGGGCAAUGCUUGCUUUGGAUGUUAUUUUUGGUUCACAGAUUCUGCCAGACCUGUUGGGAAUUGUUGCAGGGCAUCUAUACUAUUUUUUGACGGUGCUGCAUCCUCUUUCCACAGGGAAGAACAUAUUAAAAACUCCAAGAUGGGUGCAUAAACUGGUUGCCCGCUUCAGAAUUGGAUAUCCGACAACUGCACCUGCCCAGCCUGAACGGGCAGCCGGUGUGGCUUUCAGAGGAAGAGGUUACCGGCUAAAUGGAUGAGAGGUACUCACUCUCUAUGUAUCAUCUUCCUCCCCAAUUUUAGAUGAUGCCACUAACGACGAAUGACAGACGUUUCAACGCAGAAACUAUAAAGAGUUAGUAGUAAUGGAGCAGUUGAUUUUCCCCCACUUUUGGGCUUCUAUACCUUGUGGCAUCAUUUGCAUCUGAACCUGAGCAAAAACUUUGUAGCUAAGGCAGUUAUAUUGAAUAUGACCGUAGGAAGUGAGGAUUUUCUUCUUCUUUUUCUUCAUUCAUUUCUUUCCCUUGAGGGAGAAUUGAUCUCUUGUUCAGUGAGAUUGCAGGAUCAAGUUUAAUGGUAAUGUGAAGGGGAGUCUCUCUCUGUCUGAAAGUUGUCAAUUGGCUUCUUAUUCUUUCUGAUUUGGGUGGUGGAAUAUUGAAUGCUUUCAACAUUACUAUUGGGCUCUUAUUCUUAUUAA